UUUUUUUACCUGUUACAUAUUUUGACUUGUUAAAAUCCUAGACGUGGCUCAAGCAUCAGCAAAAGUAUAUGUGACAGGGAAAUGUACAUUUGAUGCUUCACUGCAAAGCUAGAAUAAAUUUGAAUUCCUUGUUUCUAUAAGAUAAUUGAAGAGAUAAAGUGACGUAGAAGGAAACUAACACGUAUGAAAUGUGAAUGGAAACGCAUUAUGUUUCAACUUUUCCUUCGUUAUUUUAACCUGUAAUCAUGCCUAAAUGUGUGAGAAAAGUCUAACUUUCCUGUCCUUUUUUAAGGAGAUGGAGAGAAAUAGCAUUCGUUUAUGUAACUCCGUUUAAACCGCCCUUAUCCAAUCUACUGAUACCACAUUAUUUACCAAAAGAAAUGAAAAAUUGAAUGGAAUUUCCACCCCUAUUAAAUGAUCCAGCCUGGGAAGUAGCUGGAAUUUUUGUUUUCUUUCCCGCAAAAUAGCUUUGACUGACUUUUCUGAACCACUUUAUGACUUCAGUUAAUCUCAAGAUUCACGUAUAAAUUUGGCAGUUUGCUACAACCCUUCCUGCAACAUCUGCUAGUCUCUUUUUUAAUCCACUUUCAUGAAUUGGUAAAUCCUUUACUUCAAGUUGAACACUAUAUGAAUGACUAUCUUUAUUCGCUACCUGUCAUGGACAACCGACUGAACAUAUAGCAGGAGCGUCGAAAAAUCGGGAUGAAGGCACUUAUUCUUGUCGGAGGGUUUGGUACUCGGCUGAGGCCAUUGACUCUUAGUGUCCCAAAGCCAUUGGUUGAAUUUGCCAACAAGCCCAUGAUUUUGCAUCAGAUCGAGGCUCUCAAGGCUGUUGGAGUGACUGAAGUGGUCUUGGCUAUUAACUACCAGCCCGAGGUGAUGCUUAACUUCUUGAAAGAAUUUGAGACAAAACUUGGGAUAAAGAUCACAUGUUCUCAAGAAACUGAACCACUUGGGACUGCAGGUCCCCUUGCUUUGGCUAGAGACAAGCUGGUAGAUGAUUCUGGUGAGCCGUUUUUUGUUCUUAACAGUGAUGUUAUCAGUGACUAUCCUUUCAAGGAGAUGAUUGAAUUCCACAUAUCCCAUGGAGGUGAGGCUUCUUUACUGGUGACUAAGGUGGAUGAGCCUUCGAAAUAUGGUGUUGUUGUCACGGAAGAAUCCACUGGCCAAGUUGAGAGAUUUGUGGAAAAGCCUAAGUUAUUUGUUGGCAACAAGAUCAAUGCUGGAAUUUACCUGCUGGAUCCUUCCAUUCUUGACAGAAUUCAAUUAAGACCAACAUCUAUCGAGAAAGAGAUUUUCCCAAAAAUUGCAGCGGAGAAAAAGCUAUAUGCAAUGGUCCUACCUGGGUUUUGGAUGGACAUUGGACAGCCAAGGGACUACAUCACAGGCCUUAGACUCUACCUAGAUUCCUUAAAGAAGAGAUCUUCACCGAAACUGGCAUCAGGUUCUCACAUUGUUGGAAAUGUCUUAGUGGAUGAAACUGCAACAAUUGGAGAAGGAUGCUUGAUUGGACCAGAUGUUGCGAUAGGCCCUGGUUGCGUGAUUGAGUCUGGGGUUAGACUCUCACGUUGCACUGUGAUGCGUGGAGUCCGUGUUAAGAAACACGCGUGCAUCUCAAGUAGCAUUAUUGGUUGGCACUCAACUGUUGGACAAUGGGCUCGUGUCGAGAACAUGACCAUUCUCGGAGAAGAUGUCCAUGUUUGUGAUGAAAUUUACAGCAAUGGUGGAGUAGUCUUACCCCACAAGGAGAUCAAAUCUAGCAUCCUGAAACCGGAAAUAGUGAUGUGAGAGUAAUUUCUAGUGCUAGAAAACAAUAAGUUAUAUGUUCAGUUUGUUCAAAAUGUAUUUUCCUUUUCCUUUAUUUGGUUUUGUAUUUCUUCCUCUUCAAUUGUAAAAGUACGGGAAAGUUGAGUGAUGUAAGGUGAUGUGCUGAAGGGUUGCUGUUGUGAAAGGUAUGAGAUGUUGGAAGGUCUGUUUAUUUUGUAAUUUUCGGUGUAUAUACAAAUAAAGAACUCUACUGGAUGUUGUGUUUAAUUCGUUUGAUUAAUCAUGUAUAAAUUAGUAGCUCCAAUUUCUUUUGAA